AUGGUUAUCUUGAACAAGUUCUCCGUUGCCGUUGUGGCCGCUCUGGCUGCUGUAGGCCAGGCCACUCACGAGGGUCUGCAUGCUCGUCGCGUCCUGGCUCGCUCCGUCACCCCUGGUGCCGAAGCUUCGACCUCGACCGUCCUCGUUGUGCCCACUGCUGCCGAGCCAGCUCCUACGGCUUCUUCUUCUGCCGUGUCUGCUCCUGAGGAAUCUUCCACCGUGCAGUCUUCUUCUGCUCCCUCGGUGGCCUCCAGCUCCAUUCCUUCCGUUGCUCCUUCCGUCGUUCCUUCCUCUUCGGUUGCUUCGACCCCUGCUGUGAGCUCCUCUGUGCCUGCUGGCUCUUUUUCGCCUGUCGCUUCUAGCAGCAAGCCUGUGGUCACCCGCACUCCCAUCAGCUCUCGCCCUACUGGUAUUCCCACCAAGUCCUCUUCCGGUGUGUCCGCUGGCACUGACGUCCCUGGCGAUGGCUCCAUUACUGUGACCUACACUGUGACCUCUGGAACCUCCACUAGCGUCAUUACCACCACCAUCUCCAAGACCGCCACCCAGGAACACACCGUCACUGCCUCUGGCUCUGGAGCCUCGACCACCGAGUCCGCUGGGGACAUCACCCGCACUCGCACUUCUACUAUCAACAGCACCAAGACCGAGACCGUCACUAUCGUUGAGGUUCCCACUCCCUCCGGUGAGGCCGGCAAUGGUUCUGGUUCUGGUUCCGGUUCUGGCUCUGGUUCUUGCGGCGCUGUUACCGUUACUGCUACCGUCACUGAGACUGUGACUGCUGGUGCUACCGAGACCCAGACCCCCGGCAAUGGCAAUGGCAACGGGAACGGCAACGGUGAGGGCAACGGUGAGACCGCCUCAGAGUCCACUACCCGCCCAUACACCAGCUCCACCCGCAUUCCCAUCACCCGCACUCCUACUCCUUCUUCCAGCGGUUUCGCUACCCGGACUCCUUCCGCUAGCGCCAGCAUUAAGCCUAUCCCCUCCUCCAGCGGCCAGCCCUCGCCCACCAGCACCCCCACUGGCAAGCCUUUCUUGGCCAACUGGCGCCGCCACUUCAUCUAA